GAUGCGCGCGCGCUCCCCUUCGUGCGCGUGAGAGAAAAUAUGGCGUCAGAGGAGCAGGCAGUACAGAGCGCUUGUGCUGCAGAUUUGCGGCUGGUCCUGCUGGGCCGGACGGGUUGUGGUAAAAGCUCCACAGGAAACACCAUCCUGGGUGUUCCAACAUUUCGGACGGACGUCUCUCCACUGUCCGUCACUCAGCAGUGUGAGAGCGCCAGUGGCACAGUGGACGGACGGACAGUGCAGGUGAUCGACACCCCAGGUUUCUUUGACACCUCUCUGUCUGCGGAGGAGGUUUGCAUGGAGGUUGGACGCUGUGUGAUUCUCUCUGCUCCUGGACCUCAUGCGUUUCUAUUGGUCCUUCAGCUAGGGAGGCUGACCCUAGAACAGUGGGCCGCUCUAGACUGGCUCAGUGCCGUUUUUGGCCCUCGGGCUCUAAAACACACCCUACUCAUUCUCACCUGGGCUGACCAGCUGGGAGAUAAACCAGCUGAGAACUUCCUGCGUGAGAGCGAGGAGCUCUGGGAGCUUACAAUGAAGUGUGAGGGUGGUUUUCAUGCACUGGACAACACCAAGGGCAGCCAGGAGCAUGGCCAGGUGGUGGAGCUGCUUAAGAAGAUUGACAUUAUGGUGGAGAGAAAUGGAGGUAGCCCCUACACCUGUGAGAUGCUACAGCAUGCAGAAAGAACCAUUUGCCAGGCGCAGCUAAGGAUUCUGGGAGAAAAGGAGGUGGGGCUAAGGGAAGGGGAGAGUGAGGGACCUGAAGACGAGCAGAAAAGAAAGAAAGAGGAAGAGGAGGCUAGGAAGACAGCGGAGAGAGAGUUUUGGUGUGAAUUGGUGACGGCUAUGGGCAAGGGGGCGCUGGAGGGCUCCGGAGUGAUGGAAAAAGGAAAGGGGAAAGGAAAGAAAACGAAAACAGUGCAGAGGAUGGCGGCUAUAGCUUCAACACCGCUGUCUGUCAGUUCUGCAGCUAAAAUAGUGGGUGGAGCUGUGAGGGAAGGAAGCAAAGUGCUUUACAAACAUAGGAAAACAUUGAGUGAAAAAAUCACCAAAAACCUGAAUAAAUGACACUUUUUAGUCUGUG